AUGGCGUCGUCAUCAGAUUCUCGCGUGUCUUCAGAGCAUGACGAAGACCAAGGCCCAACCCGCCUCUCCGCCCUCUACCAAUACCACAACGCCCCCGAAGUCGCUCCCGCCCACGGCCUCGAGUACGAUGACACAGUCUAUCCAGUCUCAGACAAGUACCCGGUAGUACGAGAAGCGAAAUUCGUCCAUGGACACCACCGAUAUACCGGCAAACAUGCGUUCGUCGUCAACGACAACCGACCGCCCCGGAUAAUAUUCGGCAUGAAAGUCAAGACCUUCCUCGUGGUAGCGGUGAUUAUGUGUCUGGUGGUCGUGGGCGCGGCGGUGGGAGGUGCGGUGGGAGGCAAGGACCUGCAUCAAGGCGAGGCGGCGCCCGGGACGUAUGGAGACAUGUCUGGCACGAAGCCGGAAUCAUCGACAGCUUCGCCAACUACAGCAGCUACGGCUGCGCCGACGUACUCGGCAUCGAGACCGACGUACACGCCUUUAGCAGGCUGUUCAGCUUCGGCGGAUAACACCACCUACACUUCAAGUUUCGCCGAGUCCUCAGAUUCCAACGCCGGACUCUCGUUCACGAUGUACUGCAACCUCCAAUCACCCCUCAACACCUCCCCCGCCCAACAACUAGCCGCCGCGUACGUGUACAGCUUCGCCGACUGCGCCGACUUAUGCGCAAGUCUCGACUCGCAAUCGAAUAGCAGCAGCUGUACAAUCGCCGCCUACCAGCCGACCUCGCCACGACCGGCGAAUUGCUGGGUCGGCUCAUCGAGUGGUGAGGUCGACAUCAGCUCUCUGAAGGAUGAGGACGGGACUGAAGUGGCGAUUCUGGUGCAGCAGCGAUAG